AUGACUCUGGAGUCCAUCAUGGCGUGCUGCCUCAGCGAGGAGGCCAAGGAAGCUCGAAGGAUUAACGAUGAGAUCGAGAGACAGCUCCGCCGGGAUAAGAGAGACGCCCGCCGGGAACUCAAACUCCUCCUGCUCGGCACAGGAGAAAGUGGGAAAAGCACAUUUAUCAAACAGAUGAGGAUAAUCCAUGGGUCUGGUUAUUCAGAGGAAGACAAGAGGGGGUUCACAAAACUUGUCUAUCAAAAUAUAUUUACGGCAAUGCAAGCUAUGAUCAGGGCCAUGGAAACCCUUAAAAUUCCAUACAAGUAUGAACACAACAAGGGCCAUGCACUAUUAGUUCGAGACGUUGAUGUAGAGAAGGUCUCAUCGUUUGAGAAUCCUUAUGUAGAUGCAAUAAAGUAUUUGUGGAAUGACCCUGGCAUACAAGAGUCCUACGACAGGCGACGGGAAUAUCAGCUAUCUGAUUCCACUAAAUAUUAUCUCAAUGACCUGGACCGUAUAGCAACUCAUGGCUACCUUCCUACCCAGCAAGAUGUGCUGAGAGUUCGAGUCCCAACAACAGGAAUCAUUGAGUAUCCCUUUGACUUACAAAGCGUUAUCUUCAGAAUGGUGGAUGUAGGAGGACAGCGGUCUGAGAGAAGGAAAUGGAUACACUGCUUUGAAAAUGUCACCUCCAUAAUGUUCCUUGUAGCCCUUAGUGAAUAUGAUCAAGUGCUGGUGGAAUCUGACAAUGAGAACCGAAUGGAAGAAAGCAAAGCGUUAUUUAGGACGAUCAUCACAUAUCCAUGGUUUCAAAAUUCCUCAGUCAUCCUGUUUCUAAACAAGAAAGAUCUUCUAGAGGAAAAAAUCAUGUACUCGCAUCUAGUUGAUUAUUUCCCUGAAUAUGAUGGACCCCAGCGAGAUGCACAAGCAGCAAGAGAAUUCAUCUUAAAGAUGUUCGUAGAUCUCAAUCCAGACAGCGACAAAAUAAUCUACUCGCACUUCACCUGUGCUACAGAUACAGAGAACAUUCGUUUCGUCUUUGCUGCAGUCAAGGACACAAUCCUACAGCUAAAUCUGAAAGAGUACAACCUGGUGUAAUGGUGCCUGCGAGCUCUCCCUGUUCCCUUUGGGCCACUGAAGAAAUACAAGAUGGACUGUAUUAUCUAUAACAGAGGAAGAAGAAACAAUUUGCAUAAUACUAAUUUAUUGCCGUCCUGGACUCUGUGAGUGGUCCACAGAGUUUGUAGUAAUUAUUCUG